AUGGGUGAUCACGGAAAUAUGAAUGACCUCACUGCUGCAUUGGCACUCAUUCAACAACAAAUGCUGACUCAGCAACAGCAGAUGUUGCAGAUGCAGCAGACCAUCCAAAAUCAGCAACAAGCUGCUCAGGAACAAGCAGCCGCGAACGCCGCGCGAGAAGAGCGUGGUGCUCUUAUUGGGGAGCGAAACCUUCCGCGGAACUUCUCGACUAACCGCUCCCCCAUCAACCCUCCACCUUGUACUCGACAAGAUUAUGAGAUCAAACCUGCACUGAUAGGUCUGGUACAGAAGAGCACGUUCAGCGGGCUCACUUCAGACAUUCCAAUGGAGCACAUAGAGGCCUUUGAGAGGAUCUGCAAUUUCUCUCGCUCUAACGGAGUGCCACCAGAUUAUGUCAAAUGCACGUUGUUCCCAUUCUCUCUUGAAGGGAAAGCUUCUCGCAGGUUGCAAUCUCUCCCAACCGGUUCUCUCACCUCAUGGGACCAGGUGUUCUACGAUGGAGUGAGUUAUGAGUUCCAAAACACUCUUGACUCUUCUAGUAAUGGAGACUUCAUGACUCAAACCACACCUGGUGCGUUUGCGUUGAUUGAGAACAUGACAUCAAGUUCACUGAAUAAGAACAAGGAGCAUGACCGCUCGAAGAGUGUGAACAUCAUAGAUGAUCUCGCUGCGAAGGGGGACCAACUGCUUAAGGGAAACCAAAGCCAAGUGUUCAUAAUGGAAGAAGAAACUCCUGAGAAGAGUGUCGGUGACCUUGCGUUUGAAGCUGAAUUAUCAGGGGACGAUCAGCAAGAGGUGAGAUAUGUGAAUGGGCAAGGAUGGCAGCUCAAAAACUACCACCCAAACCCUAACGUGCGGAACAACCAACAGCUUUUCUGGCCUAAGCAAGAUAAACCAAUGAUCCUGCACAGAGUAACCAAGCAGCUGCUCCAAGGACAACAGCUCCAAGGGAAAGCUCUGAACCAGGUUACUACCGAGAUCAAUACUAGAAUGAACCAUAUGUUCAGAGAUUUGAGCACCAAGUACGACAAUGUCGUGAGUCAUAUGAGACAGAUAGACAUUCAGAUUGCUCAGACUGCAGAGAGCGUCAAGAGGCAACAAGGUACUCUACCUGGGAAAACCGACAAAACCCCUAAGGAGUGCAAGAGCGGAAAGCAACUUUCCGAGCCGGAGAAGAGGAGGUUCACCACGGGUGAGAAAGGGAAGCAAAAAGAGUCGAAACAACUACCAGCCGAUACCCCGACAGUUGAGAGGAAUACGGAACCAGCAGUUGGAAGAAGUUCGCCAGGACCAGAACAACCAGCUGAAGUUGUUCGCCCGAUCCCAGAGGUUGUUCCUCCUCGCGAAUACAUUCCUAAAUCCCUUACCCUGCAGAUAAAGAAGCGAGGAGACCCCGGCAAGUUCGACCUCUCUAUCCAGAUUGGGAAGACAGGUUUUGCAUGCUCCUUGGUUGAUCUUGGAUCCAGCGUGAACCUCAUGCCUUACUCUGUAGCGCGACGUCUAGGAUACACGCAUUUCAAACCAACUAAGAUGUCCUUAGUGUUCGCGGAUAGAUCAGUCAAAUCCCUAGUUGGUAUACUAGAGGAUCUCCAAGUAAAAGUCGGAAACACCUCUGUUCCCGCAGACUUCGUUGUUCUGGAGCAAGAAGAAGAGUCUAAAGAUCCUCUCAUCUUGGGAAGACCAAUCCUAUGUAUUGUUGGAGCCAUCAUUGAUGUGCGACAAGGGAAGAUUGAUCUGAAUCUUGGGGACAUAGUCAUGCAAUUCGAGAUGGAUGAACUACUAAAAAAGCCGAUGUUAGAUGGGUAG